AUGUCUUUCCAGAAGCCUGAGAAGGAGUUCGGCGAGGGCCCCAAGGUCCACAAGAUCCGUAUCACCCUCACCUCUCGCAAGGUCGCCUCUCUUGAGAAGGUGUGCUCUGAGCUGAUCGACCGUGCCCGCUCCAAGUCCCUCCAGGUCAAGGGCCCUGUCCGUCUCCCUACCAAGACCCUCCACAUCUCCACCCGUAAGACCCUUGCGUACGAGAUGCGCAUCCACAAGCGUCUCAUCGACCUCCUUGCCCCCACUGAGACCGUCAAGCAGAUCAUCAUCAACAUCGAGGCUGGUGUUGAGGUUGAGGUUACCAUUGCCGCCUAG